AUGCAGGUCCACAAGAUGAAACGCGAAGCUCUGUCUCAUAUCGAUAUACUCAUUGUCGGUGCAGGUCUUGGAGGACUUUAUGCCGCUAUCGAAUGUUAUAGACAAGGUCAUUCCCCACGGGUAAUUGAAAGUAAACCCGAGUUAGAGGCCUUGGGAGACUUUGUCGGUAUCGGGCCGUCUGUGACCAACCAGUUUCAAAAAUGGCCUGGAAUGCAAGAAACCUACAGCAAUAUCAUCUACCGACCGUCAAUGAACUUACUCACGCACGAUGGUACCUUUAUAGGCGGGCCCUUCGAGCUCUCAGAGUCCUCCGACUACAGACCAGUCCCUGUUGGUCGGCCGAAGCUGAUCGCAGCUUUAUACAACUACACCAUGUCGCUCGGAAUCCCUGUCAUAUUUGGCAAACGUGUGAUCGACUAUGAGGAAUCAAAGGAGACUCGGCGCGCUUAUGCCAUAACCGAUGAAGGAGAACGGUUUGAGAGCGAUGUCGUGGUCGCUGCAGAUGGUAUCGGAUCUAAGGUGGGGAAAGUAAUGACUGGGAAAGAGGUCAGAGCUAUCAGCAGUGGCAUUUCCGCCUACAGGGUCACCUAUCCCACCGAAAUUCUGCGAGGAGAUCCGUUUCUCGCCAAGCAGUAUCCUUUCAAACCCGGUGAUCCUGAUUACUGCGAAGUUUAUAUGAGUCCUGAAGGUCAAAUGAUCACUCUGAUCUCGCCGGAGCUCACAACGUGGUUACUUACUCAUAAGGAUGAAGGGAAUGCUGAGGAGAACUGGUCUACACGACUCAGUGCCUCGGAUGCGUUAGAGACUCUCCAGAAGACAGGGCUCACAUGGGACCCCAAAGUGUCAGCAGUGAUAGGGAAAACGCCACCACACACGAUUGUCGACUAUAGGAUUACUUGGAGGGAUCCUGACCCAAUUUGGACUUCCCCAGGUGGGCUCAUAGUCAAAAUAGGAGACGCUGCGCACGCAUUCAUACCCAAUUCUUCGAAUGGAGCCACUCAGGCGAUGGAGGAUGGGCUUUCGCUAGCGGCAUGUCUCAGACUUGCUGGUAAAGACAACAUACUCUCGCGACUAGAAUUUGAGCGAGUCUCAUGUGCUCAGAAGAAUGGAUUCAAGAAUAGGGAAAAAUGGGAGCAAAACUUCGAAGAGGCGAAGAAGAAUCCCUUAGCCACUGCACAAUCGAUCGGUCGCUGGCUAGCUCGGCACGAUCCUGAGCAGUAUGUGUACGACAACUGGGAGGCAUGUAAGAACUACAUUACCAACGGAGCACCUUUUAAGAAUAGCAAUCUUCCACCAGGAUAUAACUAUGAGCCGUGGACAAUGGACGGGCUGAUGAAGAUGCAAGAUAAUGGUCAACUUCCUGUUGAUGAGGGAGAUUGGGACUGA